GCCUGUAGAGGCGGGCACGGCAGGUAUAUAAGCUUUGGCCGAGCGUCGGUUGUAGCAUUCUGCGCGCCUGCUCCUCCGCUCCUGCCUCUUCCUGCACUCUACUUCCCUGCCGCCGCCGCCAUGAGGGAGAUCGUGCACCUGCAGGCCGGGCAGUGCGGCAACCAGAUCGGCGCCAAGUUCUGGGAGGUGAUCAGCGAUGAGCAUGGCAUCGACCCUACCGGCACUUACCAUGGGGACAGCGACCUGCAGCUGGAGCGCAUCAACGUGUACUAUAAUGAGGCUACCGGUGGCAAGUACGUGCCCCGUGCCGUGCUCGUGGAUCUAGAGCCUGGCACUAUGGACUCAGUGCGCUCCGGCCCCUUCGGGCAGAUCUUCAGGCCGGACAACUUCGUCUUCGGUCAGAGUGGUGCCGGAAACAACUGGGCCAAGGGGCACUACACAGAAGGUGCAGAGCUGGUGGACUCAGUGCUGGAUGUUGUGAGGAAAGAGGCUGAGAGCUGUGACUGCCUGCAGGGCUUCCAGUUGACCCAUUCCCUGGGUGGGGGGACUGGAUCUGGGAUGGGCACCCUUCUCAUCAGUAAGAUCCGGGAGGAGUACCCAGACAGAAUCAUGAACACGUUCAGUGUGGUGCCCUCACCCAAGGUGUCGGACACGGUGGUUGAACCCUACAAUGCCACCCUCUCAGUCCAUCAGCUUGUAGAAAACACAGACGAGACCUAUUGCAUUGAUAACGAAGCCCUCUAUGACAUCUGCUUCAGAACCCUAAAGUUGACUACGCCCACGUAUGGUGACCUGAACCACCUGGUGUCUGCCACCAUGAGUGGGGUUACCACUUGCCUGCGCUUCCCAGGCCAGCUUAAUGCUGACCUGCGGAAGCUGGCUGUUAACAUGGUCCCUUUUCCCCGCCUGCAUUUCUUCAUGCCUGGUUUUGCCCCACUGACCAGCCGGGGCAGCCAGCAAUACCGAGCUCUGACGGUACCUGAGCUCACCCAACAGAUGUUUGACGCCAAGAACAUGAUGGCCGCUUGCGACCCCCGCCAUGGCCGCUACCUAACAGUGGCUGCUGUGUUCAGGGGCCGCAUGUCCAUGAAGGAGGUGGAUGAGCAAAUGCUUAAUGUCCAAAACAAGAACAGCAGCUAUUUUGUUGAGUGGAUCCCCAACAAUGUGAAAACAGCUGUCUGUGACAUCCCACCCCGGGGUUUAAAAAUGUCUGCCACCUUCAUUGGCAACAGCACAGCCAUCCAGGAGCUGUUCAAGCGCAUCUCUGAGCAAUUCACAGCCAUGUUCCGGCGCAAGGCCUUCCUGCACUGGUACACUGGUGAGGGCAUGGACGAGAUGGAGUUCACUGAGGCUGAGAGCAACAUGAAUGACCUGGUGUCUGAGUACCAGCAGUACCAGGAUGCCACAGCUGAGGAGGAGGGCGAGUUUGAGGAGGAAGCUGAGGAGGAGGUGGCAUAGAGCCAGCCCCUGCAACCUGGUAAAGCGUGGAAUUGGUGUGAACUCUUUAUUCACUCACAACCUGUUCCCUGAUAGCUGCGUCUCACUGUGUGUGCCCUUGCUGUCCUUUCUGUCUCAACAUCAUAUGCUGUACAGACAUCACCAUUAAAGCAUUUUCAUAGUG